AUGGCUGCAUCGCGUGAACCUGUGUACUGGCUGGGAAAUGAUACCCUGAGAGUGUCGGCUGCCCUGUUUGCAGAGAACCGCCGGCGCCUCUGCCAGGGACUGAAAGCCAAAAGUGAACUUGUGCCCAAAAGUGUGGUUGUUCUUCAAGGUGGAGAGCAGAAGCAGAGAUACUGCACAGACACGGAUGUGGUUUUCAGACAGGAGUCCUUCUUCCACUGGGCCUUUGGAGUCAUUGAGGCUGACUGCUAUGGAGCCAUCGACGUGGACUCAGGAAAGGCCUUCCUGUUUGUGCCCAAGCUGCCUGAAAGUUACGCUACAUGGAUGGGAGAGAUCUAUCCUCGGGAACACUUCAAGGAGAAAUAUGCUGUCGAUGAGGUGCAUUACACCUCUGAUAUUGUGGAAGUGUUGGCCAACUUGCAGCCGUCCACCCUCCUGACUCUGCGUGGACUGAAUACCGAUAGUGGCAGUACCUGUCGUGAAGCCUCCUUUGAAGGAAUCAGCCGCUUCCAGGUGAACAACACCCUGUUGCACCCAGUAAUUGUUGAAUGCCGCCUGCUUAAGACCGAUAUGGAGUUGGAGGUCCUGCGUUACACCAACCGCAUUUCCAGUGACGCCCAUAAAGAGAUAAUGAGACGUGUAAGACCUGGACAGAAAGAAUAUGAAAUGGAGAGUCUGUUUCAGCACUACUGCUAUUCGCGUGGAGGUAUGCGCCACACCUCUUAUACCUGCAUCUGUGGAAGUGGACAUAACUCCUCUGUCCUUCACUAUGGCCACGCUGGAGCACCUAACGAAAAGACAAUUGAAGAUGGAGACAUGUGUCUCUUUGACAUGGGUGGAGAGUAUUACUGCUACACCUCUGACAUCACUUGCUCUUUCCCGGCCAAUGGAAAAUUCACCGCUGACCAGAGAGCCAUCUACGAGGCAGUCCUCAAGUCCUCACGCACUGUAAUGGCUGCUAUCAAACCAGGGGUAAAGUGGACAGACAUGCACAGGCUGGCUGAUCGGGUUCACCUGGAGGAGCUGGUUAAGGUUGGCAUCCUGCGUGGCAAUGUGGAGGACAUGCUCAAAGUCCACCUGGGUGCCGUGUUCAUGCCCCACGGACUCGGGCACCUGCUGGGCAUUGACGUGCACGAUGUGGGCGGAUACCCUGAGGGUGUGAAGCGAGUGGACGAACCAGGCCUGAGGAGCCUUCGAAUGGGCCGUUUGGUGCAGGAGCGCAUGGUCCUGACCGUGGAGCCCGGUAUCUAUUUCAUCAACCACCUGCUGGACCAAGCCCUGGCCGACCCAGCACACUCCUGCUUCAUUAACAAUGCUGUUCUGCAGCGAUUCCGUGGCUUCGGAGGGGUGCGUAUCGAAGACGACAUUGCAGUGACGGCAAACGGCGUAGAGUUGCUGACCUGCGUUCCCCGCACCGUGGAGGAGAUAGAAGCCUUCAUGGCUGAGGGUCGAGACUCUUCCAAGUCCUUCGGCCCUGUUGUCUGCAGUGAGAAACUGUGAACGUCCAUCUCAUCUCCAAGAUCAUAACAAAUUUUACGCAAGACCUUUAUCAGCUUUCAGAAAUAUGAAAUUACAGUACUCUGCUUUAAGCGUUUUCAUUGAGAAUGACACUAUGUGCAACUACAAGUAAAGCAGCCUGAAAAAAAUGAUCCGUCUCAUUUAUCAGGUGAUCUGAUAAUUUCUUCUCCAUUUGUGAAUUUCUUUGUCCACUGAUUAAAUUCUGAUAUAUUUUUUGACAAUUUGUACUUUUCAAAUUUAAGGGAAAUGCAUGUUGGUC